AUGUCGGACAAUAAAUCCAAUAAAUGGAGUGAAGGUCUUCGAUUUUGCCAGUUUCAAAAAAAUAAUAGCUAUCAUUCUGGUAUUAAACAAUCACCAUUUGAGGUAUUAUUCGGCAGAAAAGUACAACUUGGCCUCACUUUAAGUGCCCUACCUGAGAAUAUACUCAAAACAUUAAAUUCUGAGAAUGAUUUAGAGCAAGCAAUUCUUUCAUUAGAGCUAAUUAAUUAUGAAUUAACCGAAACAGAAAUAAAUGAAGAUAAUAUUUUAGAGCAGGUCUCAACUGCAAGUAAAAAUAAUAUUUUAGAGCAGGCCUCAAUUGCAAGUGAAUCGGUAUUAGAAUAA